CAGAACUAAAUCACCACGUGCACACCGAAAAACCGGGCGCUUUUUUGGACACAGAUCCUUUUUUGCGAAGGGUUUGUUUUGGUUUCCUGACAUAACCGCCCUCCCGGUCCCAACCCUCGCUUUUGUGGCCAGCCUUGCACAUGGCAGACAGCAUAAUGGAAAUUAACGAGCUGCAAAUGAUGCAAUUCGCGGAGGAGAUCAUACAACCCUUCGCAAUCAGCUGUGUCGACGACAUGAUGAGCAUAAGUACGAAGGAACAUACCUGCGUGUUUCAGCUCAAAUACCGACACCUGGCCGAAGACAACGUCAUCAAUUACGAGUUUUCUCGCAUCAAAUGCUCCACUGAAAGACCCACGGGACGGUUAAACGCGGACGAGAACACGAUUUACCAAGCCAGUAAUCGUGAAGAACGAAGAAGGAUCAUGCUCGAUCAAACAUUGUUUCCCAACGUGGCGAAGAUUUACAUUAACUGCCUACAAUCCUGGCCAUCCCCACAGGGUAUAAUUGCGGACGCACCGCGCGAGCAGCUUGUGGCCAGUUUGACGAACCUGGGACAGCUAACCAUCUAUCGGCAGGAUGCUAACUGGCUCUCGAACUGGCAGCAGUACGUGAAUUUAUCUGAAUGUUGGCUGCAGCACAUAUACGACAAUCGUUACAUUGAAACGUUCGACGAACUCAGAGCAACGGCCGAUGAUGUGUUAAUAACGUGUUUCUGCUGGCCACAGCAAGUCCGACGACAGCCGUUGCUAAUCAGUUUCGGUACGAUGAGUGGAAAAUUCGUUAUUUGCCAUCUACUCCCGUCUGCCGGAGUCGAGAUCGUGCACGUUUACCAGGAAACGGAAACACCCGUUCUGCUCAAGCACUUUGCGCUGCAGACAGAGGAAGAAAAUCUAUUAUUGGCCGGUCUACAGAGCGGCCGGGUAGCAUUGUAUUGUUAUCGUAGCGCUGCACAAAUAAUCGGAUUCAAGCGCAUCGCUACCCUUUUCGAAGAGGACAUUCCGAUAUCUGCAAUCGAAUGCGAAAUCGAUCACCAAUAUCGCCAGCUACUACUGGUCGUUGUCAAGGGAACCUACAUACUGGCACUGCACGCUAACUUUGACGGCAAGAUUCUGGCCAGUACUACGCUGGAUCUGGAAAACUUCAUGAUAACCGGAUUGCAGCAACUCAAGAAGGGACAGUACGUUGCCUCUACGAUGCCGGGCACCCUGUUUCUCGUCACUAUCGUCAACGGUGCAAGACUGAAGAUGGAGAAGUCUAUGAUCAAAAACAGGCUCAAUGUAGACUCAUACGCACUGUACGGAUUGGCCGCAUCUCGGAAUCGGGCAUGUUGGACGUUUGUUGCAUAUCCCUCGCGACGCUUCGAUCAUCUUUCAAUUCGCUACCCAACGGCCAUCUUUUUUGCUAAAUUUACCCAACGAAAUGCAAUGGAAAUUCUACUAGCCAACGAGACUCGGCUGCUAAGAGAUUUUUACGAUGCGGCAGAAGUUGUGCGAUUCGAUGGCAGUCGGGACACGGAUGUGCUGUCUUUGGUUGAGAAAAGUUUAGCUCAAGCAGGAAUGGACGUAUCGGAACCUUACUAUUUGAAGCUUCGCAUGACGAUUCUCGGCGCAAAGAUCGCUCGUAACAAAAAGCGCAGCAUGGUAAUCACGGAUGGUUUCAUCACACAGUAUCAGUUUAUCUGUUCAUUACUGCAAGCAUUCAGUGCCUGUACUAUACUCAACCAUCUAAUUGAUCUGGCUACCGACCGUCCCCUAACUAAGCUGCAACAACUUACAGUACGGUGUUUACGCCGAUUCGUCAGCAGCAUAUUGGAGGAACCGUUUCCCGAAGGCAUCGAAGAUGUGGAAGCAAAUGCUAAGGAAAAGCUUAAAAACGAUCUUUCGCGAUCAGACCGGCUAUGCAACAUCGAGCGCCCGCCUGCUGAAUUGUGUACGUUCUGUGAUGCGACGAUUGAUGAAAGUAAAGGUACAUGUGCUGAUGACCACACCGUCCUGCGGUGUCUGUUGACGAAGGUGCAGAUACCUAUCGAGGAGUUGGAGAGCAUUUGCCCCAUGUGCCAACAAUAUUGUAUUUCUCCAGACCGCCUAAUGAAGCUGUUGGAGACGGACCGCAGACCAACAUCCUUCGACUAUCGGACGUGUCACGUUUGUGAUGUUUCAUUUGUAUCAAUAAAGUAGAAACUAGAUUAUCAGAAAGCCAAAAUAAA